UGUGCCUCCGGCUGUCACGUCACACUGUUCUCCCAAACGGCUUCUUCUCUGGUGCUCCGAGGUCCUGGCCCCGCUGGGAGCAUCUCGCAUCAGCUUCAGACUCCCUUUUGUUAGAUACUGUGUACCUGCUUGUCAGCCUGUGUGAUGGGAUUGCUCCUUUCUGCACCUUCACGUGUAAUUUGUGACUUCCUCCAGCUCACGGCGGGGUAACUCCUGUAGCACGUGGAUCCAGAAGGUGGCAAGUCUACUGAGGGCUGGCAGUUUUUUUCUAGCUUGAGGAAAAAUUGAAAUUGGCUCAAAAUGAGUGCAAUAUUGGAAAGCUCUGAGCUGCCAGCAGUGUUUGAUGGGGUGAAGCUGGCUGCAGUUGCUGCUGUGCUGUAUGUUAUUGUUCGCUGCUUGAAUUUAAAAAGCCCAACUGCCCCUCCUGAACUCAUUUACCAGGACUCUGCUUUGGCCCGCUUUCUACUCAAAUCAUGCCCACUUCUGACCAAAGAGUACAUUCCACCCCUGAUCUGGGGAAAGAGUGGACACAUCCAGACUGCCCUUUAUGGGAAAAUGGGGAGAGUGAGAUCACCACAUCCAUAUGGACUUCGCAAGUACCUCACGAUGCCAGAUGGAGCGACAGCCACAUUUGAUCUCUUUGAGCCACGGUCUGAGCACUGCAUUGGAGAGGAUGUCACGAUGGUGAUCUGCCCGGGGAUUGCCAACCACAGUGAGAAGCAGUAUAUCCGCACCUUUGUCGACUAUGCCCAAAAAAAUGGGUACAGAUGUGCUGUCCUGAACCACCUGGGAGCCUUACCAAACAUCGAGCUCACUUCUCCACGAAUGUUCACAUACGGUUGUACCUGGGAAUUUGGUGCCAUGGUGAAUUACAUCAAGAAGACCUACCCUCAGACCCAGCUGGUUGUUGUGGGCUUCAGCCUGGGUGGAAACAUAGUGUGCAAAUACCUGGGAGAGAGCCAGGCCAACCAGGAGCGAGUCCUGUGCUGUGUCAGCGUGUGCCAGGGGUACAGUGCACUGAGGGCACAGGAAACCUUCAUGCAGUGGGAUCAUUGUAGAAGAUUUUAUAACUUCCUCAUGGCAGACAAUAUGAAAAAGAUCAUCCUUUCUCACAGGCAAGUUCUUUUUGGAGAUAACAUGAAGAAGCCACAAAGCCUGUCAGAUGCUGAUCUGAGCAAGCUCUAUACAGCAACAUCCCUGAUGCAGAUUGAUGAUAACGUGAUGAGGAAGUUCCAUGGCUACAGCUCACUGAAGGAAUACUAUGAAAAGGAAAGUUGCCUGCAGUACUUGCACACGAUCUAUGUUCCUCUUCUGUUGGUUAAUGCUGCUGAUGACCCUCUUGUCCAUGAGAGUCUUCUAUCAAUUCCAAGAGCUCUUUCAGAGAAAAAAGAAAAUGUCAUGCAUGUGCUGCCCCUUCAUGGAGGCCACCUGGGAUUCUUUGAGGGGUCUGUACUGUUCCCAGAACCUCUUACCUGGAUGGAUAAGCUCGUGGUGCAGUAUGCCAAUGCCAUCUGCCAGUGGGAGAAGACAAAGCCUCACUGCUCGGAUGCAGAGCAGGCCAUGUCUGCCCAGGAGUAAUUGACCCAAAGACUCUGGAUCACUUCAAUAUAUCUCCCCCUUUGGGAACAUCUUGUUCCCUCACCUGCUGCUUCAGGUUUCCAUUCUCCUUGAUAUCCUAUGGCUGGGGUUUGAUCACAAUGUUUUCUUCCGAAGUGGAGUUAAAGCAGAGGUUAACAUCUGGUCAGAGCACUUUUGGGUGUAUAGUCACUUGGGUUUGUAACUUACUCCUCUGCUUGAAGAAUUAAGUUGCUGACUGUGGCUUGUUACAGGGCUACCGAGCUAAAGAUUGCUUGCUUUAAUAUAACAGAAGUUUCAAAUGUCGAAGUCUCUUCGCCUGCUGGUCAAAAACUUGAUCUGCAGCAUUUGUUUAAGUAUAAAUGACCAGGUAACUAUGGCUCUGUCCCCUGUUCUGGUGCUGGAAAAUACCUGUACCAAGCCACAAGCCAGUAAAUGUUCAGUCUGUAAGCCACUACAAUGUGGCUUGGAAAAACAGAUGCUUGACUGCAAGUGGAGUUUCAGCUUUGCACCAUCUCAAGGGAAACCUUGUAGUUCCUAGGAAUGCACUUGCACAAGUGAAUCACUUCAAGAAUAUUCAAUUUUCUAUGCUUCAGCUGUCUAUGGUUUGGGGUGGCUUUAUACUGGGACUCCAAGUAGAGAAGAGCUGCAGCCUGGUAAUGCCAGUUACUGUUUCUAUGUGUAGACAUUUUCCUCACUUCAGGACCUGAUUAGUCACCUUGUCACUUUUGCCUCUCUUUAAAUGCAGUCAUCUUUUCAGUACUGGAUUCUUUGUUUGACCCAGGACUGGCUCUGGCUUCCAAAUGGAAACCCAGGAUCAAGAAUCUGCAGGAUUUUUCUGUGAGAUCAAUCUGUUUGAAAGAAUAUUUCAUGGAGAGCUAUGGACUCUUAGGGAUUAAUUGGCAGAGGGGUGGGGUGUAUCUCUUUAGAUUUAUUCACCUUAUGUCAUGGCAAAUAGUAUCAAAAUUCUUCCCCUUGGCUUUCAGAGCAUCCAGUGGUUUUCAGACAUGACUUACCUUACAGUUGAUGGGGAGCAGGAUGUGUCUAGCUCUGUGCAACUGAAAUGACAUCUCUGCAUGGCUGACUAAUUCCAUAGCUGUAUAAUGCUGUAGGAUUACUGGCUCCAGUAAGACACUGGGCUCUGUCUCACUUGAAUUUCUUUUCCACACUCAGACAUCCCCUUCUAGUUUUAAUGUGCAAAGUGAGAUGUGAAAGCUGGUUGCAGAAAAGAUGCCUACUCACUUGUGCUUUUCCUUCAAGUGGUUGUUAUGGUCUGUGCCAAGAUGGUUAUUAAAGACUUUAGUCUAUCUCCUGGAAGGAAAGUUGUCUCAAGACAAUCUGGAGACUGAAACUUUGUGGUAAAAAAAAAAAAAUCUUCUUUUCUGUUUGUUCUGUCAAUAUUGUAGUUUCAUUAAUCCAUCUUCAGGAUUUCUUUAUCACAGUGUCAGUGAAAUUCUUUUUCUGUCACAGUUUCCACAUCAGCACUUUAUUGCUUCAGCCUUGGUCUGUGUUCCAGGCACUUUAAUUUAUAACUUAAGGGUGAAACAAGCAGCAGGACUUCAGUCUGGUAAUACAGGGGAACAAGCCUUCUGGACUGCCCUGUCCCUGAACUUCAGUAGGGUGGAGAGGUGGGGUUUUGGUUUAAUAAAGCAAUAAUUAACUAUUGUAGCAAAGGUGCACUGUCAUAUCAGGAAAUUUCUUUCAUUUGCCUUAGGCCAGACCCCUUGGCCUGUUACAAUGAACUGUGGAUAUCUGGACAUUCUCCUUGUUAGUAAAUCCAGGUUUCCUUUUUUUCUUCAAAAUAAAAUGAAACCAAGUAAAGCUACAGCAAGACUUGGCCAUGCUUGUGGCUGUUCCUUAAGAACUAUUUUAGGGCAUCAGUUAGCAAGGAUAUUCUUAGCUGAUGGAUAUCUUGUCUCUGUUAUCCUCUUAUUCAUACUGCAUCACUAAAAUAUGUCAUAAGACAUUUCAGUUUUUUGCUUAAGUAGUGUUCAUGCAAUAUUCAUUGGUUAUGACUUAAAUAUCUUCUCGCUUCAGCAAAGUGGAGUGUAAACAACACUUGUACACAUCAAAUAGAUACAGUAUAAAUUUAGGUGUCUCAGUCUCCUAAAAUGAGGUGAGCAACUGGGCAGUUCUCAAAGCAGCAGGAGCUGUAACUUUGUCUAAUGAAACAGAUUUUUCUUUCAAGUUAGAGGGUCUUUCUGAGGAAUACUUCUUCCUGCCCCACAAUCCAAGCCUUCAUAAUUCAGAAGUACCAGUGCUGUGGACUUCUUGAAACUCUCAAGAAGUAAUAUGGGUCUCUGUCUUGCUCCUUUGCCUUUUUUUUGCACUUGCAUCUAAAACUGUUCAAAUGGCUUGUGACUUGACUGAUUCUGGCCUCUUUGGGGAAGAAGAGCUUUUGUCAUGGCUUGUUCAUGCAAAGGUUUCUGGAGCCCGAAGUUCAGCUUAUUAAGCCUGUGCGUGGAAGGAGUGGAAAAAAACCUAUUCUCUCUAUCUCAGCCAACUCGAUGCUUCUUUCAAAGCAAGAUUUGUGGUCAUACAUGCAGCAGUCAAAUCUUGGGGAACUGGGAGAGGAGAAAAUAAACCUGCAGUGCAUAUUAUCUGAAGACCUUAAAAUUGUCUAUUAAAUCUUGCUACCAACAAUGACUGACAACUGAUAUCUGGUGCCAGUGCCCCUAGACACAUGGGACUUUGUCCAGUCCUCCUCUGAAAUACUCUUACUUCCCAAAAUAAGGCAGUACUAGUCUUGUUAUGUGGGCAGGUGGUCUUCAUUUGCCCAGUGAACACAAACUUAAAUGCAGUCUGAAUUUUUCAGUCUUAAAGGUGAGGUUGUCCUUCAUCUCUCAUCAAGACACAUGAAGUUGUUGUGGUGUGCACCUGUAGAUCAUGGCAGUAUGGUCUGAUAGAGCAGUUCAAGAUCACAGCAUGACAAAUCUGACAUGUGCUCUGCUUAGUUUCAAACUGGGAUUAGAAAAAGCAUUAGGAGAGUUCCUCCACAGGUAGUCUCAUGGUAUACACACCUUUCCCAUCACUGGAUGUAAGUAGCACUUGAACAUAAACCCCAAGGACCUUCUCAAUCAGUCAGCAGGUUGCAGAAUUAUUAUUCUUUGAUGGUUAGGCCGGUCUAACCAUCACCUUUGCCAUUUUUUUGGAGAGAUCUGGAGAGUAAGCUCAAGCUUGCUCUUACUGAACCACCUUUUUAGUGGUACCUUAGUUAGCGGAGGUGUUUUCGGAUGGGACUGGCAGUGCUGUAGUUGCACUGUAAAGGCAAACACUUGAACUUCCCUAUGGUCUUUUCCCUGAGUGUUUCUCUGCAGUUCCUGUUUGUGAAGAUACAGGUUACAAAGAGAGGGCAUUUAGUAAAAAUACUGGGAACUAUUAACUCCAGUACUGAAUUUAGCCAAGCUAUCUGUGUGUCAUCUGUCCUGGGUCUGCCACAAGUUCCUAGACCACAGCCCUUUGACACGUGGUGCCUUGCCCUUUUUCUCCUCCUCCCUUCACAUCAACAUAUCUAGAGACUUCAGUAACAGCUCUGUCAGAGCUUUUGGGGCUUUGCUUUCUGGUAAAUGAAUUUUUAGACACUAGGUAUCAAGGCACAUCCUUAAUGUACACUGUACAAGUGUGUGCUGACUUAAAGGACCUUUGUGGGCAGCCUACAAUUAGCUACAGUCUAUUUCAAGGCAUAAAAUAACAAUGUAUAUAAGCAGUGGAUCAUUUGCAGCUCUCUGCUCCUCUAGCAGUUGGAACUGAGUCAUAGAAGCAAGGUUUGCUUUGCUUGGUAUGUGAUUUGUUGUCUUACAAUCCCAAAGUUCUUGUGUCUAUUUAAACACUCCAGCAGCAUAGCUGGAGGUAGAUUAAGUGACUACAUCUGAAAAGAAAGAGCAAAGAGUAACUUCUUCAGGCUUUAAUUGCCAAACAGUUUAGUCACCUGGAUUGCUUCCAACUUUUUCUGGAAAUACUAUGCUUGUCUGGAGCUUAUUGAAACUCUUCAAUUUUUUUUUUUUUUUUAUUUUUUUUUUUUUUUUCUAUGAGACCAGAGAAGGCUUGAGCCUUCUGCUGCAUGUAGAAGUCAUUUGUUGUAAAAAGCAUCUUGUUUCUGGCUUGAGCCAUACUCCUUGUGUCCUUAUUCCUUAGGUGGGUCUGUUCAUUGGGAAAGUCCUAGAGCCACAGUGACUCAAAACAGUGUCUCCUUCAUGGCUUCUAGGUGAAAAGCAAAGAGCCCUUCUUGGUGUGAGAACUUUGAGUUUUCUCCAAGCUUAGACUUCCUCAGAGCAUCACCAGCCCAAGAUGGGGGAGCCCUGUAACUGUACCCUCUUCUCACUGGGAGUAGGUUUUACACAGGCCUGGACUUUGUCAGCUUUCCAUGCUGUGGUGUGGAAGGGUUUUUAGGGUUCUUCUGAACAUCUGUACAAGGCGGCACAAAGCCUUUUUGCUUUUGUCUGAAUGACAUUGCAUUGUAGUCAAAGCUCUUUCAUGACUAGAGAUGAGACACAGAACUUUCUUCUAGGAUCUCCACUAUAGUUCUACAGGGAUGCUGACCCUUCUCAUGGCUCCUGCCAACUUGGGAAGUCUUUAAAAUAAACAAAAAGCCAAACAAAACCCAUUUGUAUUCGAUACAACCAAACCCUACUGCUUAGCCCAAGUCAACAGAUUUCCAAAGAAGCAUAUUUUCUCAUGUUAUGUGACAGCUUGACCGUAAUUCCUAGUGACAGAUCACUAGAUGUUCUUCUUUAGAAAGCAUAACCUCUUUUCUCUGAAACUUCCAGGCCAAAGAGGUGUGUGAAGAGCUUGGGAAGAGGAGACCUGUGCUCUUGUUUUGCUUGUGCAGCUGUAUUAGAAAAGGCAGAGUGACUUCUAAUGUUCUUGGUGAGCAGUUGACUACAAAAACAUUUUCAAUUUGGCAAAAUUAUAUUCUGCAACCAUCUCUAAAUGCUGCCCUGAAGAAACUUGUAUAUUGAGACACCCUCCCUGCUACCAUGUUCUGAGUCAAAUUCUCUGGAGCUGAGAGCUUCAGGGGAGAUGAUUUGCAACUAGCAAUGCAAUUUUUCUAUAUCUGCUGAUGUUUACCUUUAAAAUUAUAUAUAAAUAUAUAUAAAACAAUGUCUUUGAUUUUUUUCAUUAAUUUUUGUUCUUGUGUGGUGUAAAAUGGAAGUCACUGCAAAACAAAAUGUAAUUUUGUUAUCUUUGAUUUGGUGGGAUUUCUUUAUUUAAAAAUAAAGGACUUAUUGAAGUCAGUGCUACAUCUA